AUGGCUGAUCACCUUUAUUCCCGAAAAAACGGCGCUCUUGAAGCAAACCCUGACAUUGUCAAUGGCCAACGUAGUGACAUUAACAUCACCGUCAGAGGCUCUGACUGGUACUGGGCUGUCUGUGCAAUCAUGACAGUUUCAACCUUUGCGUUCCUCGGGUUUGGAAUGAGAAAGCCUCGCACCGACCGUAUCUUCCACUACAUCACCGCCGGUAUUACCAUGAUUGCAUCUGUCGCAUACUUCUCAAUGGCUUCGAACUUGGGAUGGACUCCCAUUGCCGUUGAAUUCCAGCGACCCAAUCACCGCGUUAGUGGGAUUUAUCGCGAGAUAUUCUAUACCGAUUUGCUUCUUACUGCUGGAAUGCCUUGGCCGACUGUUCUAUGGGUAAUCCUCGUGGACUGGGUUAUGAUUGUCACGGGACUAGUUGGGGCCCUCGUUAAGAGUUCCUACAAAUGGGGUUAUUUCGCGUUCGGUUGCACUGCCCUCGCAUACAUCGUUUACGUGCUCGCAUGGGAAGCUCGACUACAUGCCAAACAUGUUGGCCCUGACGUCGGUCGAACCUUUGUCAUGUGCGGUUCCCUUACAGCCGUUGUCUGGAUUCUGUAUCCUAUUGCCUGGGGCGUCUGUGAAGGCGGUAAUCUGAUUGCCCCUGACUCCGAAGCUGUCUUCUACGGUAUUCUCGACCUCAUUGCAAAGCCUGUCUUCGGAGCUCUUCUCCUCUGGGGGCACCGAAACAUCGACCCUGCUCGUCUUGGCCUUCGUAUUCGCGACAUUGACGAGCGCAUCUUCCCUGAUGGUCCUAACAACAAGGCCACACAUGGACAUGGUGCUCGAAACGAUACUGCCACUGCCUCUGGCGCCAACGUCAACCCAAACGCUUGA